UUGUGUUUUUUCCCCAUGGAACAGCUGUGUUGUGUAGGAAAUUAUCAGUGAAAAUUGCAUAUUUUUUUAUCUAAGAAGUAAUAGUGCAUAGAUCGUUAAGUUUUCAUCCUGAAUUAUUCCAUUUAUGAAUCACUACGUUUGCUACAUUCUUCUUUCAAAUAUUUCCAGCACUGAAAGAAUUACUCUGAACUUUAAUCAUGUCAUUAACAAUACAGCAGAUUUUGAUGGAUGCUAAGAAACUAUCCGACAGAUUAAAAGAGCAUGAUACCGCAGCAGAUGUGCUUCUUUCACAAACUCAAUCUGUUUAUAAACAAAUAGAUGCUAUGAAACACUAUGCCGAUGAUUUGGCUGAACUGAAUGAAAAUGCAAGACAAGGCCCGCAUGGGGAAAUAAUUGCAGGACUUCAGCAGGAAAGCCGUCAGUUACGAGAACUGCAAAUUGAAAACAGAGAGCUGAAAAUUGCUUUACGAGAUUACCAAAAUGCUGUUGAACUUAUAAUGUCCAAGUAUAGAUCCCACACAGCUCAAUUAGUUGCUGCCAAUAAAGUUGAUUUUAGAAAAUUAUGCAGUGAGCAUCAAAAUAAAAUAAUUGAAGCACAAACUGAAAAAAUAAAUGAAAUGGCUGCCGUAAUGAUUCAAGCUGCGAGUUAUGUCGAAGAAAAAGAAGUACAUCUCGAAGAAAUUAUUUCAAGGCUAAGAACUGAAAAUCAGGGGUUAAGAGAAUUGUUAGCCAUAUCGAAUCAGUUUGGCUCUGUUCAAGCCGUUAAAGAUGCUGUUACUGAACCCACCACCGAUAGUUCAUCAUGAUUACCAUUUAUUCGACCUUAUUCUAAUUACUUACUUUAAUGUUAAUGCAUAAUGUUCUUUUUGUUAUUUAAUUACGAGUUGAUUUUUUUUUCAAUUUACCUACACCAAUUAUAUAAAUCACAUGUAAAGUAGCCACCCUUUUUUUGAAAUUUGGAAAUCAAAAAGAAAUGGUUGUAAAAAAAUUAAAUUUCCAAUUCGCGAUUUUUCAAUUUUUUCAAGAAUAAUUCUAGUUCUUAUAGUUCCGCGUUUGCUACUCACUUUUUAAAAUCUUAUUUCCAAUGUUGAAGAACCUACUUCUAUAAUCUAUUUAAUAUUUAUACUUAGUGCCAUACAAUUUUUUUACGGUAAAAACGUUAAUUUUAAAAACAUGUUCUCUUUUUCUUUGCAAAUGUUGAUAAAUGGUGAAAAUCAUUGAUGUGACACAAUUUUUGCGCCACUAUAAAAUCUUUAUUUUUAUCGCAUAUAAUUUGAUACAGUCCAUGGCGAAUUGUCACAUGUCGUCACGUAUUAAUGUUUAUAGUAAAAUGCCAUAAUGAACGUUUUCAAUGCAUGAAAUGUGAUUAAUCUAACGUGUGCAAUUCAACGUCGGAUGCGUAUUGAUGAGCAUUUGUUUUUGGGAUAACAGGUAAUCAUUUCUUAUUUGAAGCAUUAUAACCAUGUAAGUGAUGAUGACGCUGAGAAUCUGUAAACAUUUGGUUCGAUUUUAAAUUCAAAACAACAAUCUUAUGUUUAAUUCUUGCCAUUACAACGUCACUCACCGUUAUGAAAAAUGCUCUAGAAAAUUCAUUAAAACCGGAAAAACUCAAUUUGGGAUUUGUAUUACGAAAUAUCUGAUAGAAUUCAGCCACCUAAAAAAAUUAAAAGUUAUGAAUAGCUUGACAAAAUCAACUUCUUAUUGAUGUAUUCCAAAUGAUUUUGAUUUAAAAUUAAACGAAGAAUUAAGUAUUGGUUUUUGGUAUUUAAUUUGGGUUCAAUCUUAUUAUAAUACCUAGACCUACGUAAGACUGGUCAAGGCUUAUUUUGUGUGCGGUACCUACGGUUUUUUUUUGUGGAAAGGCAAAUUAGCUUUUGAUGGUUUUAUGCAAAGAAAUGGCCGAUUAAUUGAUACCUAUUAUACGACCAUCAUUUGAUGAUUUUUAAUCGACAUACCGUCAUGUUUAACUUGAAAAAAAUUGGGUAAACCUAUGUUAUUUUAAAUUGUACAUAUUUUUUUAAUUAAAUAGAAUAAACUUUA